UUGGAUGGAAAUACAGCUUGUGACAAAGUGAAGAUUCAACACAAUCUGAUGGCUUCUUUAGAUUUAUUGAUUUUUGUGCACAGUGCACUGAGACGACAUUUGUAGUGACUUGGCGCAAAAUGAAUAAACUGAAUUCAAUUGAUGGUAGGACCAAAAUGAAUUCCGAAGUGUACAGAAAUAUUUUGUCUGCCAAUUUACAGAGAAAUGCAUCCAAACUAAUACAGAUGAAUUUUCUCAUGAAGAAGGACAAUGAUCCAAAGCACACUGCCAAAGGACUUCAUCAGGGAAAAAAGUUUCGAUUGGCCAAGUCAAUCACCUGCUUAACCCAAUAGCGCAUGCAUUGCACCUCCUGAAGAGGAGACUGAAGGAAUGAACAAGAACUGAAAGAAGCUCUAAAAACAGGCUGGAACAGUAUCACAAAUUAAGAAUGCAACAGUUUUGUGAUGUUGAUGGGUCGCAGGCGUGAGACAGUCAUUGCAAGCAAGGGUUACUCCACAAAAUAUUAAAAGAUAUUUACUUGAAGAUUAUUUGUUCCUUUACUUUUGUUCACCUAAAAAUGCUGUGGUGUAAUACAAAUGAUGAUAUAUCCUAAGUUGUUUACACAUCUACAUGUAACUACCAGGAAAUAAAAGCUGACAUUUGGAACUCUAGUCUCGUGCUCAUCUGGUUGGCUCAUCUUCUGAUCUUAAAUUUAAAUGUCUUCAGUGUACAACAACAACAAACAAGUUUGGCUUACUGUUCCAACAUGUUUGGAGGGGACUGUAUAACAAACGUAGUUUGAUACAUUGAGUUUUCAGACACGCUGCUGUGAACAGAAAUUAGUUGUUUUCACUUAAAACUGCAGAUUAAGAUGAAAACAUGUUUGUGCGUAUGAUGCAGAAUAUUUCAGUUUCAGACUUCACAUAAAAUGUUUCUAAAUUUAGUCUGUAGAAAUGUCAACCUCCUGCUUGAAGUAAUGUGUAUCAUUAGCAAUAAGAAAAUCGAUCAAUAAAUAAUAUAAUUACUAUAAAACCACCUGCUUCUCCUCCUAGACUGUAGUUAUUCUAACAAGCCAUUAAGGCAUCACACUUUCAGCUGAUAAAGCAGCAAAUUUAUGCAGACUUAUUAUAUAAACACAAAACUCUUGUGUUUAAAUCUAGUUUUUAAUAACUAUCCUCCUCGUUUUUCUGUGUGAAACCAAUUCCAGCCUGAAUCUGAUAACAGGUUUGGAGAGGGUUUCUGUCUGUGUCUUUUGUAUUGCUCUUGAUCUAGACACUGGUUCUAUGUUGUUGUUGUUGCCGCAUAUUUUCCAGCUGUAGGUUCUUUGGAAAUAACAACGAACAGAAAUGAGUCAAACAUGUUGGUAAUUUGUUUUCCUUUUUCUCCGUCUUUCUCUGUUUACUAAUGUUUAAAUGUUGCUUUUCUAAUUUUCUAUAGAUACAGUACUGAUCUACACAAGCAGCAGCACUUUUUCCUUUUUGUUUGUUUUUUUAGGUUAAGACUAAUUAACAGCUGACUCCUUAAAGAUUACUUUAUAAUCUGUUUUACCUGUAAUCUGUUAACAUUCAGUCAGUUUUAUUGUGAAAUGACACAAUAAAACAAUGGUGCAAUAAAUUGUCAUUUUAAAAAAUCAGCUUAACUUCACAUUCUGAGUUUAAUACUUGAUUUAUUUUUGCCUCCUUGUUAUAAUCUCAACCCAACCUCACUUAUUGACAUUUGGAUCAAAUGCUCGAGUCUUGGCUUUUACUGAUUUCUGCUGUAGUUUUUCUUUGAUGUAUGAUGGAGACAACAUAAGUAAUUCUUCUUGUGUUUUUCAGCAAGGAGCCAGCAAUGCUGAGAAGUUUGAUUAUGUGAUGAACUUCAUGAACAAACUAGCAGGAAAUGAGUAUGUCGGUUUCAGCAAUGCCACUUUUCAGUCAGAACGAGAAUCUGGAGACAGGAACUUUGCCAUCGGCUACUAUCUGAAGGAGAAAAAGUGUUUUCCUGAGGGAACAGACAUGACCUCCAUUCUGGACUUUUACUUCCAGCUCUGCUCCAUUGAGGUGACCUGUGAGAGUGCCAGCGUCAUGGCAGCGACCCUGGCCAACGGUGGCUUCUGUCCAAUCACAGGAGAGCGUGUGCUUAGCCCUGAGGCAGUGCGGAACACCCUGAGUCUGAUGCACUCCUGCGGCAUGUAUGACUUCUCUGGACAGUUUGCAUUCCACGUGGGUCUGCCAGCUAAAUCUGGAGUUGCCGGAGGGAUUCUGCUGGUUGUUCCCAAUGUGAUGGGCAUCAUGUGCUGGUCUCCUCCUCUGGACAAACUGGGAAACAGUGUGAGAGGAAUCCAGUUCUGCACGGAUCUUGUUUCUCUCUUUAACUUUCACAACUACGACAAUUUGAGACACUUUGCAAAGAAACUGGAUCCUCGCAGGGAGGGGGGAGACCAAAGGGUAAAAUCUGUGAUCAACCUACUUUUUGCUGCAUACACUGGAGACGUUUCAGCCCUGAGGAGGUUUGCGCUGUCCUCCAUGGACAUGGAGCAGAGGGACUAUGACUCGAGGACGGCGCUGCACGUUGCUGCUGCUGAAGGACAUGCUGAGGUGGUCCGCUUCCUGCUGGAGGCUUGUAAAGUCAACCCCAUCCCUAAAGACAGGUGGGGGAACACACCAAUGGAUGAGGCGGUACACUUCGGACAUCAUGAUGUUGUCACCAUCCUCCAAGAUUACCACAACAAGUACAGCCCACAAAACAGCACCACGGAGAAGGAGAAAUCUGAGAAGAACCUGGACGGGAUGCUGUGAUGGAACUAGCAAUUAGGAGCAGGAUGCUCAUUAAUCUCCUGAUAAUAAAUGUUAACUUUCUUAUCCAAACUCAAGUCAAACUCCUCCCUCAGUAUAAACCAUCAUCUCUUCCUUGGGGACACAAAUGGAGCUCACGGUUCCUGUUUAAGGGUGUUUUAUUUUGAAAAGUUGAAACAGGAAGCUGUAGGUGUUGUGAAGAGUUUGGUUUCCUUGUUUCAAAUGUUCCUUAUUUCAGUUUAAAGCAGUGGAUAAUUGUGUGUCUAAGGUAUUUAUUCAUGUACAUAAGAUAAAGUGAUGUGUAUUUGUUUCAUCACGGGGAUCAGUCUAAUUCAUUGUAUUCAUACAGUUGUAGAUCAUCAGAGAAUAUCAGCUUCAAUCACAAUUUGUGAAAUUUUACAUGAAUGUUUAAAGUCAUCAGUGUUUAACUUUAAAAUCAAAACAUUUAGUUAUUUUAACCUAUUCAUGUGAAGAUAUAUUUAAUUUAUUAUUUAAUCCAGUAUUUCUUUUUUUUAAACAUUGAUAAAAACCAGCCAAAGUUAUAAAGGUUUGAGGAUAUCAAAUGCUGAUACUGCUAUACUUCAAAGAUAUUUCUUUUUUUCUAUUUUAGAUUUAAAAAGGAUUAAAGUUCACCAAACAGGAGGAAACCUUUUUUCAAGUUCGUAAACCGUGACAGAGUUUUCAGGUUUUAUUUGACAAAAGAGACUUAGCUUUUUAAGCUUUUAAAAACAGAUGAUUGUUGUUCAUUUACUUGAUUUUCUUACUGUUUCUUUUGAGCUAAAAGAAACGGGGAAUGAACAUCCUAUUUAAAAUGUCUGACUAACCAAUUAACUUUAACAUCUGAUGGAUGAUAUCAAAAAAGAAGCUGCUCUUGAAAAAGUUUUUGUCCUGAGCAGAAGAAUCAGUGUGGAUUUCUUUUAGAUCUUUUCCUUUUAAUAUAUCCUUUUAAGCUUGUUGAAUGAAGUUGGUGGACGGAUGUCAACAGCUGUCCAUAGAAAAAGCUAAAUCUGAGCAAACACAUGCAGAAAGUCUAAAAUAUUAAGAGCAAAUAUAAUGUUUGUCAAAUGUAAUUCAAAAACAGAAACCAUCAUCUUUUGUUUAUUUUUUUCCUAAAUGCUCCUAAUUCUCAUUUAAUGUACAAGUGAAAUAUUUAUUUUUCCUCUUUAAGUGUUUGAAGGUUUUAAAAACAUCCUGCAGUCUGGAAUAUUUUUUUUCUCUUUAGUGCAAACUUGUGUUGCUGUGUGUAUUUGUAUGUAAUGUGUGUGUUUGUUCGAUCCUCAGGAAGGACACUGACUAAGCUUUAUAAAGAUUGUUUUUAACUUUAGUGCAGAAGAAUCUGUCAUACCUGUCCAGCUGUACAGUUAGUUGAUUUGUUUUAAACAACCCUGUUAAAAUCAUGAGAAAAGCGCUUAGACUGGACUCGUAAGAGAAGCACAAAACUGCAGCAGGAAGUGACUGUAGGAUGAAUCAUGUGGGGAGUUUUUUGAUUGUAAUGUGUUUCUUGUAUUUAUUCUGCAGUGUUACAGGCAGACCAGAUAUUUAUUCAGUGAGAAAAAUAUUGAAUAAACUUUAAAAAAGAAA